UCACUAUCCCUUUGUCUGUAAAUGGCCAUCUCUUGAAUUUCCUUAUCAAUACUGGAGCGACUUAUUCUAUCCUUCAGUCUAUCGAGACCCCUGAUGUCACCCCCUCUAACGAUUCCAUUUCCGUCGUUGGGGUCUUGGGACAACCGCUUUCACUACCAAUUUCCGAAGAAGUGCCCUUUGACCUAACGGAAGAAAAGGAUCCCAUCGAUUCCUCCUCGGGGCCGACGGCCCAGUCAAUCUUUCGGGUCGUGAUCUCCUCUGCAAACUCGGUUGCACUUUAGACUGUUCUAACAACUCUAUCACUCUUCAAGUUCCCGAGUUUACUUAUUCCACAAUCAUCGGCCUUCUACAAGAAAAAACUUCGUGUCAUCCUCAUGUUUGGUGGUGGAAUUUCAGACAUUGCGAUUUAUCCAAUAAUCGCAAGACUGUGUUACUCCGACUUCUGACCGACCGCUGUGUUUCUGCUGCGAUAGCCAUCCACCCGCCCCUGCAACACUGGAUUUGGGAUCCAGCGCACUACUCUGCCUGCACGGAUCACCAAUAUGCCCGUGAGGUAACAGGCCAUCUGGGCACUCCUCAGCUCCGUUCCGAGUCUCAGCAAGUUCUGGGAAGUCAUCAGUGAUGAGCAUGGCAUUGAUCCCACUGGAGCCUACCAUGGAGACAGUGAUCUUCAGCUGGAAAGGAUUAAUGUCUAUUACAAUGAGGCUACAGGUGGUAAAUAUGUACCCCGAGCCAUUCUCAUGGAUUUGGAACCCGGUACUAUGGAUUCUGUUCGAUCUGGGCCCUUUGGACAGAUUUUCAGACCAGAUAACUUUGUGUUUGGACAAAGUGGUGCUGGUAACAAUUGGGCCAAAGGGCAUUACACUGAUGGCGCUGAAUUAAUUGACUCUGUUCUGGAUGUGGUGAGAAAGGAGGCUGAGGGUUGUGAUUGCUUGCAGGGAUUCCAGCUCACCCAUUCACUGGGUGGUGGUACUGGCUCUGGCAUGGGCACACUCCUUAUUAGUAAAAUCCGUGAGGAAUACCCUGACAGAAUAAUGAAUACUUUUAGCGUUGUGCCUUCACCGAAAGUGUCAGACACAGUAGUAGAACCUUAUAAUGCAACUCUGUCUGUCCAUCAGCUUGUGGAGAACACUGAUGAGACCUUCUGUAUUGAUAAUGAGGCUCUCUAUGACAUCUGUUUCCAUACCCUUAAACUGACAACUCCCACUUACGGUGAUUUGAACCACCUAAUGUCAGCCACCAUGAGCGGUGUAACAACCUGUCUGCGUUUCCCCGGCCAGUUGAAUGCUGACCUGCGUAAACUAGCAGUGAACAUGGUCCCCUUCCCCCGCCUGCAUUUCUUCAUGACAGGCUUUGCUCCUCUGACCAGCCGUGGCAGUCAGCAGUACCGUGCCCUCACAGUACCUGAGCUUACCCAGCAGAUGUUUGAUGCCAAGAAUAUGAUGGCUGCCUGUGACCCGCGACAUGGCCGCUACCUGACCGUUGCUGCUAUUUUCCGGGGUCGCAUGUCCAUGAAAGAGGUGGAUGAGCAGAUGUUGAAUGUACAGAACAAAAACAGUACUUAUUUUGUUGAAUGGAUUCCCAAUAAUGUUAAGACAGCUGUCUGUGACAUCCCACCUAGAGGCCUCAAGAUGUCUGCCACCUUCAUUGGCAACAGUACAGCUAUCCAGGAGCUGUUUAAACGCAUCUCUGAGCAGUUUACUGCCAUGUUCCGGAGGAAAGCUUUCUUGCAUUGGUACACUGGUGAGGGCAUGGAUGAGAUGGAGUUCACUGAGGCAGAGAGUAAUAUGAAUGACCUUGUAUCUGAGUACCAGCAAUACCAGGAUGCUACAGUUGGAGAUGAAGGUGAAUUUGAGGAGGAGGGUGAGGAAGAGGCUGCAUAAAUAGAAUUGUAUAUUGUGAACUUCUAAACAUGUUUUCUUUGUUAAAUUAAGACCUGUUUCUGAAGUCUGUCUUUUUCCCGUUCUGUGGUUUCAUGUUUUCUGAUAUUAACUGCUGGUUUUGAUUUGAAUAAAAAUUGUUGAUAGUAA